AAAUUGCUUCAAAUGUCAUUGGCUGUCAAGCAGACCGCAUGGCCGUCACAACAACGCGUUGUUUACGUACUACUCGCACCAACAACGGAACGGAACGACCUGCGGAAUUCAACCAACAUUAAGUGUUUUCGCUAAAAUAUCCCUGUAACUCUUUCACAGUCUCUACCUGAACUACCACCAUGGUACAACGGUUAAGAAAAACGAAGAAAAACCAGAAAUAUGAUUAUUCUCGCAACCGCAAGCGAAUGGUACAGAAAAGUCGUCGCAAUGGUUCCAUCCGAUGUCCGGAGAUACGGGCCGCUUACGACAGAACGAAGCUGCCCGCACGAAACAUCCGCGAAAUGGGUCUCGCGUACAACGUGAACCGUGCCAUUCCCGUCCCGAACGUCAAGAAGCAAAUACUGGACAUGGAAAAGGCACUGGCCGGGGGAAAACAGACCACCAAGAAGCGGCCGGCGCAGCCAGCCCCGAAACAGCACGUUGCCGACGAGCUGGAGCAGCAAGCGAACGAAUUCGCAGGCACCCGGUUCCGGAUGGCACGGUCGAUGGUGCGCAUCAUUACCGGGAUGAUCGAUCGGCACGGAUUCAACUACCAGGCGAUGGCCCGGGACAGGACCAACUAUGAGCAGGAAACGUGGCGACAGUACCGUGCCAAGGUUCGCCGCUUUCUGCGCAUUCCGGAACAGUGCACGCCGUACCUGGAGCGCAAGGGUUGGGUCGAUUGCGACAUGAGCGAUCCGAACGAUCCACGGUGGAAGGAAUUUUGUACCGACGAUGAAGCGUAAUGUUGUGUACCCUUGGUGAGUGAUAAUAAAAUCAACAAAGCAACCUA